AAAAGUAGGACGAUAACUACAACAUCACAGUCAGAGGAGAGAAAAAAAGAUUAUCACGAUACGUCCGGGAGGCCGUGGCAUGGCAUUCUGGUGAACGAGCAAACGGCGACGACGACGAUGAUGAACAACCUGAAAGCUCCGUCGCUGCACUCGCUGCUCGAUUCGGACCAUGGUUCCGCCGAAAGUUUGCUCGCGGAAUCGCUCCAGCUGGACAUUGAGGAGCUGGACGAUGAAGAGUACUCGAUUCCGACGGUGGACCACCUGCCGACGCUGGAGAGCGUCCUGAGCGAGAUCGACAGCGAUCUGGACAGCGCGUCGGCGCUGGGGCGUUGUGCGGUUGAUGGUUCCGGGCGGACGCCAACGCCGUCGCUGGGUGGAGACGAUUACAUGCGACUGGAGUCGAUUCUGCGGCAUGUGGUUCUGCAGGGCGUUACGGCACAGGUCACGUCGGCGGUGGACCGGGUAGACGCCGGGUUGGCCACUUCUUGUACGGUGUCGCAGAUGUUGGCGGUCGGGACGUCACAUGGGCAUAUUUUGGCGUUUGACUGCACGCAGACGUUGAAGUGGUGCAAUCAGGACGGGAUUUCGCAGGGAGCGGUCUCGGCGUUGUCUUUUAAUGAGGACAAUACGCGGUUGUUGGCGGGUUUUGCUCGGGGGAACAUUUUGAUGAUUGACACGCUGACCGGAGACGUGAUACGGACGCUGAACGAUGUCAUUACGCCGAAUACGGGAGUGUUGCAUUUGAAGUGGACGAAUAGACCGGCGUUGGCACUUUGUUCGGACUCGGGGGGUUCGGUGUGGAGUUUGAGCUUCACGCGGAGGUUGGGAAUCCGGGGCUGUGACUCGCGGUGUCUUUUUAGUGGUGCUCGCGGCGAGGUUUGCACGAUCGAGCCGCUCAUGCUGGGUGACGAGGAACAUCCGUUGAAGAACUACACGCUGGUUGCGUUGGCCACGUUGAGCAAGUUCUUUGUGGUCAUGAUCCGUCCACGGUUGAAGGUGAUUAAAUUCCAUCCGAUGGCCGGCUACCCGGACUGUUUGCCGCUGCUGGCGUGGCAGAUGGUGCUGAUCCAGGCGGCCGAUUCUUCCCGUACGGUUGAUCCGGUGUUGGCCGCGGCUCGCGGUGCAGAUUUGUACUUCCAUCAGAUCAGCUACUGCAGCGGUCGGAUUUCCCUGAUCUUCCUGCGGCACAUCCAGCUGGGGUACAAUUUGCUGGCACUGCACUGGCUUGGACCGAAAACGAUCGCUUGUCUCGACACGCUGGAAGUGCUGCAUUUGUCCGACGUUCGGACCAACAAAGAGAUGGAGUCGAUCGAUUUGUCCAACGUGGGCCUGAUGUACAACUCGGCGCAGUUCAAGGGUCUUGCGACCGGUAGUAACGUAUCGCCUGCGCUCGCCCUGGCCGGUGCCUCGGCCUGUUACAACACGGUCGUCUCGCAGGGCAAUCAACUGUAUCUGCUUGCGGGCAAAAGUCUUCACGGGGUGAGCGCACGGGCUUGGAGCGAUCGCAUUUCCUACCUGACGUCGAUGCAGCGCUGGGACGAAGCGAUUGAACUCGCCGUGGAGGGUUACCGGGCCGCGGCCGGCAGACACCGACGGCUGGUGGCCGCCAAGGAGCGAAUAUUGCGCAUGUUUGACGAGUAUUUGAAUGCCACGAAAAAGACCCCCGAAGCGUGCCUGGAAGCGAUCGUGGCCUGUUUGAUCGAGAUUAAUGAAAAGAACCUGCUCUGGCAGGAUCUGUACGAUCGUCUUCCCACGCCGGACCACUACCUUUCCAUCGUUGCGCAUCACAUCGAAAAUGACGACCUGGACUCGAUCGCGCCCUCGGUGGCGCAAGUCCUGUGCGAUCAUCUGUGGCGAAAGGGACAUAUCAACCGGUUGGAGAAUCUGAUCCUGAAGCUGGACUGGCAAUGUCUCGAUCUGCACCAGGUGCUGACGAUUUGCCGCAAGGAGCGUCUGUACCGGGCCCAGAUGUAUCUCAACACGAAAGCCCUGGCGGAUUACACGAUCUCGCUGACGGAUUUGAUUCCGUUGAUUCGCGACGGAAGUGAUCCGCAUUUGGGUAAUUGCCUGUUGGUGUACAUUUCGAGUUGCCUCGCGGGACGAGGUUAUCCGACGGGGGAGAUCGCUCCGGACAUGAUCGCAACGGUGAAGCACGAAGUUCUGCGUUGUUUGACCGUGGUCCAUUCCAAGAGUGCUUCGGAGGGAGAGCUGCCGUAUCCGUUUUUGAGGACGCUGCUCGAGUUUGACACGCGGGAAGCGUUGAACGUGAUAUCGCUGGCAUUCCAGGAGAAGGAGUUCAACGGGGAGCUUGGACUGUCCCAGCGGCAGCGGAUCAUCAACAUUCUGCUGGAGAUUUUAACGCCGGAACACGCCAGUUGGUCCCAGAUCGGUUGCUUGCUGAACUUUAUCGCCCAUCAGAUUUCAUCACGUCAAUUGCCGGAAAACGACCUUCUGCUGGAACGCGUCGUCAGUUACCUAACCAGACAGAGCGCGGAAACAGAGACGGAAGGAAUGUCCCGGCGGGAACACUCCGAACAGGAGCAAACCUGGCUCGAGUUGCUGCGCUCCAACUGCCUUAGUCACAUUUCAAACGAAGAACUGCUGAAGAUUUCACGCCAGAGCCGGUGCUACCGCGUUACGGAGUACAUCCUGGAGCAGCUUGGCCGGUACGAGGAAAUCUUCGAUUGCUACCUGCUGGACGAGUUCCGUCAUCUGGAACUGUUCAGCUACAUCGCUCAGUACAGUGAAGACGAUCGAAGGCAGGUGUUUCCGCUGUUGGUGCGGAACUUCAAGCGCAUUCUGGACAUCAACUGCGAGCAGACGACCCGCGUCGUAACGGAACAAUUUAUGCGACAUCUGAACCAAUUCCUUCAACUGCUGGACGACACCCCGGAGAAGCUGUUUCAAUUCCUGCGUCAACUACUCAAACUCUCACUCCAACUCGAGACGCGCGACUGCGAACGCUACCUCCAACUCCUCUGUCAAUUCCAACCCGAAGAGGUCAUCGAAUUUCUCAAAUCCAACGACUCGUACCGGUUAGACUUUGCCGUCGCGACGAUCAAAAGCGCCGGCAUGAGCGCAGCCCUCAUCUACCUGUACGAAAAGCAGGGCGACUUCCAAUCAGCGUACGCCAUUGCCGUCGAAGCCCUCAAGGAAGCCCCCGAAAGCACCGCCGAGCUGUGCGCCCUGCAAGUGUCCGGCCUAUGCACCCGCGCCUCCUCCAUCCUGUCCGAAGCCGAACGCGAAGAGCUCUGGUUCUCCCUCCUAAAAAUCGUCCUCUCCCGCUCCGACCUCACCCAAAUCACCAAAAACAUCCUCCACUCGGCGAGCGAGUUCGUAGACCUGGCCAAACUGGUCCAGCUGGUGCUCACAUCCGGCACCAAAACCGGCAACUUUGGCGACAUCAAGCACGUCCUCAUCGGCAUGCUGUCCAACUCGGCCUACGAAACGGUCCUCCUCGAAACGACCUCCCGCGUCCUCGGCAAAGAUCUCCACUCGGUGCUGUCCCGCGAGCGCCGUUUCGCCCGCCGCGGCCUCUGCGUCAAGUCGAUCAAGUGCACCAUCUGCCGGUCCAAGCUGUACACUGCCGCGAAAGAUUCGAUCGUCGUGUUCGGCAACUGUGGCCACGCUCUUCACAAGGACUGCGCGAGCCGAUUCUGCACCAUGCCCGCAGCCGAUUCGCCGACCGAGGCGUCCGGAUCGAAGCUGCGCUGCCCCCGUUGUGACACGGUCAUCCACGAGCGGGAAUCGGUGCGGACGGUCGAGUGUCGGUUGACAGCGACGUCACCGUCGUCGUUCCUUGGAAGUCGCACCACGGACGACGGAAGCGGCGAUUCCAGUGCGUUGAAGGUGAGCGCUCCGCCGCGAAUCGGGCUGUGAUCGAUUUGCCAACGGUUUCCUGUUUUGCCAUCUGAAUCCCGGGACCGGUGCUCGGGGUGAGUUUUGCUUUUACUCUUUAGGUUCUCUAUUCCAUACUCGUUACUUUGGCGCUUUAGACUUUUAGCAAUUUGCUUUCUCUCGAGCAACGCCAAACAUAAUUGUAUUAUUAUUCUUAUUUAUUAUCAACUUCCCGCAAAAAAAAAAAAACUAACCGAAAAAAGAGCUACACAGUUUAGCCGACAUUAUGUAUGACGAAUAAUAUAUAAAUGUAGACCAUGGAAAUCUAUGCAAAAUAUUUAGCAGUUAUUAUAAUAAUUAAUUAUUACAUCAGAAUAAUAAAUUAAGCAACACAACUCUACCAUCUUUAGCCUAAGUGUACUAAACUGAAUGAGCAAGGAUUAAAAGAAAACAUCGUUUCGUAUAACAAUGUUUGUGCAUGAAUAGACAAAUAAAUGUUUCGUCCUUAGACAAAAAUGUUCACAAAAAUUGUUA